AUGAGAUCUUCAUGCUUGAUCACCGCUUCUCUGGCAGCAACUGCUGCUGCUCAGUAUUUCCCGCCCACACCCGAAGGGUUGAAGGUGGUAGAGUCGAAGCAUCACAAGGGUGUCAAGAUUUCAUACAAAGAGCCUGGAAUCUGUGAAACUACGCCAGGGGUGAGAUCGUACUCAGGAUAUGUUCAUUUGCCCCCAGGGUCCUUGGACGACGUGCAUGUCGAUCAGAAGUACCCUAUAAACACUUUCUUUUGGUUCUUCGAAUCUCGCCAUGAUCCAAAGAAUGCGCCUCUGUCCAUUUGGAUGAAUGGCGGUCCGGGAAGUUCCUCCAUGAUUGGUCUCAUGCAGGAAAAUGGACCCUGCAUAGUGAACGAGGAUUCUAAUUCGACAGAGUUGAACCCCUGGUCAUGGAACAACUACGUGAACAUGCUGUACAUUGAUCAACCAAAUCAAGUUGGCUUCAGCUACGAUGUGCCGACAAACGGUACCUUCGACCAAGUUAACGGCGGAUGGAACCUGUCCGACUGGACCCACGGAGUGCCUGAGCAGAACAACACUUUCUAUGUUGGUACGACGACUAGUCAGAAGAAGACUGCGACAGCAAACAGCACUGAGAACUCUGCACGAUCUCUCUGGCACUUUGCGCAGACUUGGUUCAGCGAGUUCCCCGAAUACAAGCCUCAUGAUGAUCGGGUCAGCAUCUGGACUGAGUCCUAUGGCGGUCGCUACGGUCCGUCUUUCGCAGCUUUCUUCCAAGAGCAGAAUGAGAAGAUUGCCAACGGCAGCAUCCAUACCCCAGAAGACUCACACUAUAUCCAUUUGGAUACCCUGGGUAUCAUCAAUGGCUGCGUCGAUCUUCUAGUACAGGAGCCCUCGUACAUCCAGAUGGCUUACAACAACACCUACGACAUUCAAACCAUCAACAAGACUAUCUAUGACCAAGCCAUGCAUGCAUGGAGUAGGCCCGGUGGAUGCAAGGACUUGAUCACAAAGUGCCGUGCCCUGGCCGCAGAGGGCGACCCUCAAAUGUACGGCAACAACCAAACCGUCAACAAGGCAUGCCAAAAGGCCGACAGCUUCUGCAGUAAUAGCGUCGAGGGCGUGUACCUGGAAUACGCAGACCGUGGCUACUACGACAUUGCACACAAGAACCCAGACCCAUUCCCAGCGCCAUACUUCCUCGGCUGGCUGAAUCAGCACUGGGUGCAAGGCGCACUGGGCGUCCCAAUCAACUUCACCGAAUCCAACGACGGUGUCUACUACGCCUUCUCCUCGACGGGAGAUUACCCACGCUCAGACGUGCGAGGCUACCUCGAGGAUAUCGGCUACGUCCUCGACUCCGGCAUCAAGGUUGCACUCGUUUACGGCGACCGCGACUACGCCUGCAACUGGAUCGGCGGCGAGGAGGUCAGUCUACUGGUCGACUACGCCGAAGCUGCUAGAUUCCGGGAUGCGGGCUACACCCCUCUUCACACCAACUCCUCCUACAUUGGUGGUCAAGUCCGCCAGCAUGGAAACUUCUCGUUUACCCGGGUCUACGAAGCUGGCCAUGAAGUCCCGGCUUACCAGCCCCAGACUGCGUACGAGAUUUUCUACCGUUCGCUUUUCAAUCGUGAUCUUGCUACUGGUAAGCUCAAUACUGCUCGCAAUACCUCGUAUACCACGCAUGGUCCGGCAUCUACUUGGGAUAUCAAGAAUGAGGUUCCUGAGAGUCCGGAGCCGCUUUGUUAUAUCCUUUCUCUUGGAGCAACUUGCACUGAUGAGCAGAUUGAGGCUGUUAUGAAUGGGUCUGCUCUCAUUCAGGAUUGGGUUGUUGUUGAUGGAAAGUCGCAGUAG